AUGGCUGAAGAGCCGCAGCCGCCGCAGCCCGACGCCCGCCCGCAGCCUGCCCCCGGCCCGGGCCCGGCCCUGCCCGCGCUCGUGCCCGGGCUGCCGGGGCCAGAGGCCAGCGCGCUGCAGCGCAAGAUCCAGAGCUCCAUCUGCAAAACUGUACAAUCUAAAGUGGACUGCAUUUUGCAAGAAGUUGAGAAGUUUACAGACCUAGAGAAACUCUACCUCUACCUUCAGCUGCCUUCUGGUCUCAGCAAUGGAGAGAAAAGUGAUCAGAAUGCCAUGUCAUCUAGUCGGGCACAGCAAAUGCAUGCCUUUUCUUGGAUUCGGAAUACUCUAGAGGAACAUCCUGAGACUUCACUGCCCAAACAGGAAGUCUAUGAUGAAUAUAAGAGCUAUUGUGACAAUCUUGGUUACCAUCCAUUAAGUGCUGCCGACUUUGGAAAGAUCAUGAAAAAUGUCUUCCCAAACAUGAAGGCACGUCGUUUGGGCACUAGAGGCAAAUCUAAGUAUUGCUACAGUGGACUAAGAAAAAAGGCUUUUGUUCACAUGCCUACACUGCCCAAUCUUGAUUUUCAUAAAACUGGAGAUGGGUUGGAAGGAGUUGAACCUUCCGGGCAGCUUCAAAAUAUUGAUGAGGAAGUUAUCUCUUCUGCUUGUCGUCUUGUGUGUGAGUGGGCCCAGAAGGUGUUAAGCCAGCCAUUUGACACAGUCUUGGAAUUAGCCCGCUUCCUUGUAAAAAGUCACUAUAUAGGCACGAAAUCAGUAGCAGCUCUAACUGUAAUGGCAGCAGCAUCAGCAGGAAUUACAGGAAUUACCCAGCCUUCUGCUUUUAUACCUACAGCUGAAAGUAAUUCCUUUCAGCCUCAAGUGAAGACUUUGCCAUCUCCUAUUGAUGCUAAACAGCAGUUGCAACGGAAAAUCCAAAAAAAGCAGCAGGAACAGAAACUACAGUCUCCUUUGCCAGGAGAGUCCUCAGCAAAAAAAUCAGAAGGCACUACAGCCAAUGGAGUAACUAAUCUUUCUAAUGGAAACCCUGCAAUCCUUUCUCCUCAGCCCAUUGGUAUUGUCGUAGCAGCUGUCCCUAGUCCCAUUCCGGUCCAGCGGACAAGACAGUUGGUAACUUCACCAAGUCCAAUGAGUUCUUCUGAUGGCAAAGUUCUUCCUCUCAAUGUGCAGGUGGUCACACAGCACAUGCAGUCUGUGAAGCAGGCACCAAAGACACCUCAGAACAUCCCAGCCAGUCCUGGUGGAGACCGCUCUGCUCGACAUCGCUACCCUCAGAUCUUACCCAAGCCUGCCAACACCAGUGCCCUCACCAUCCGCUCCCCCACUACCGUCCUCUUUACCAGCAGUCCCAUCAAGACUGCCGUGGUGCCCGCCUCACACAUGAGCUCUCUAAAUGUGGUGAAAAUGACAACCAUCUCCCUCACUCCCAGCAACAGCAGUGCCCCUCUUAAACACUCUGCUUCGGUCAGCAGUGCUCCAGGGACAGCAGAAGAGUCAAGGAGUGUUCCACAGAUCAAGAAUGGUUCUGUUGUUUCUCUUCAGUCUCCUGGACCCAAGACCAGUAGCACUAGGGGGACAUCCGCAGUAGAAGUUAAAAUGGAACCCGAAGCAUCGUCUGAUGAGCAUCCUGUACAGUGCCAAGAAAACCCUGAUGGAGCUAAAGCUCCCCAAACAACAUCUGGUACCCUUUUGGGGCAGAAAAGUAACACAGAUGAAGGAGUGCAAAAACCUUCAUAUGAAAGUGUUACUGAAGUAAAAGCAACUAAGGUCUGUGACCAGAGGACAAAAUGUAAAAGUCGCUGUAGUGAAGUUCUGCCAGGUACAUCAGCAGGCAGCAAUCAGAGCACUAUUAUGCCCUCAGUUGAUACUCAGAACUUAACUUUCACCAGCACCAAUUCGCCAACUCAUGGUGACUCAAUAAAUAAAGACCCUAAAUUAUGCACUAGAAGUCCAAGAAAACGACUGUCUUCAACAUUACAAGAGUCCCAGGUGCCUCCUGUGAAGAAACCAAUUGUGGAACAGCUUUCUGCAGUUACUAUAGAAGGUCAGAAACCAGGCAGUGUUAAGAAGGACCAGAAGGUUCCACAUUCAGGGAAAACAGAACGAUCAGCAGCAGGUGCUCCGGUUCCUAACAAAGUAUCAGUUAGUGUCAGUUCACACAUGGUGGAAAAUCAACCCUUGAAUUCUACUCUUACUAGCAGUGAUUCAGCUCUGGAACAGCAGACACCAUCAUCAUCUCCUGAUACAAAAGUAAAACUUGAAGGGAGUGUCUUUCUCAUGGAGAAUGAUUCAAAAUCAGACAUCAGCUUUCAUCCAAAUGAAUGGCCACAAGUCACUAAGGAUUCUGAGUUUAUAUCUGCCGGCUGUGAACAACAGCAGGAUAUCAGUGUUAUGGCAAUUCCAGAGCACCCUGAUAUCAAUGAUUUAGAGAAGUCAGUUUGGGAAUUAGAAGGAAUGCCACAAGACACGUAUAACCAACAGCUCCAUGGCCAGAUACAAGAACCUUCUCUGAAUCAAAUACAAGCACAGUCUUCAGAUCAGUUACCUCUGCAGUCUGAACUGAAGGAGUUCGAGCCUUCUGUUUCCCAGACAAAUGAAAGCUACUUUCCUUUUGAUGAUGAACUCACACAAGACAGUAUUGUGGAAGAGCUGGUGCUUAUGGAACAGCAAAUGUCCAUGAACAAUUCCCAUUCUUAUGGUAACUGUUUGGGAAUGGCUCUUCAGAGUCAGUCAGUGACUCCAGGAGCUGCAAUGUCUUCUCAUGCCUCCAGCACUCACUUCUAUCAUCCAAUCCAUAGCAAUGGCACUCCAAUCCAUACACCCACACCCACUCCCACUCCUACCCCAACACCAACACCAACUCCAACCCCAACAUCUGAAAUGAUUGCUGGUUCUCAGAGUCUGUCACGGGAGAGUCCUUGCUCCAGGCUAGCCCAGACCACACCUGUGGAUAGUGCUUUAGGAAGUAGCCGACACACACCCAUUGGUACUCCACAUUCAAACUGCAGCAGUAGUGUCCCUCCCAGCCCUGUUGAGUGCAGGAAUCCAUUUGCAUUCACCCCAAUAAGCUCCAGUAUGGCAUAUCAUGAUGCCAGCAUUGUCUCAAGCAGUCCUGUGAAACCAAUGCAAAGACCUAUGGCCACACACCCUGAUAAAACCAAGCUUGAAUGGAUGAAUAAUGGGUAUAGUGGAGUUGGCAAUUCGUCAGUUUCUGGCCACGGCAUUCUCCCAAGCUACCAAGAACUGGUGGAAGACCGUUUCAGGAAACCUCAUGCUUUUGCUGUGCCUGGACAGUCUUACCAGUCUCAAUCCAGACAUCAUGACACACAUUUUGGUCGUUUGACUCCUGUCUCUCCGGUGCAGCAUCAAGGUGCCACUGUAAAUAACACCAACAAACAGGAAGGGUUUGCAGUUCCUGCCCCUCUUGACAAUAAAGGAACUAAUUCAUCUGCCAGCAGCAACUUCAGGUGCCGGAGUGUGAGCCCUGCGGUCCAUCGCCAACGUAAUCUUAGUGGAAGCACUCUCUAUCCAGUAUCUAAUAUCCCACGAUCUAAUGUGACCCCCUUUGGAAGUCCAGUAACCCCAGAAGUCCAUGUUUUCACAAAUGUUCACACAGAUACGUGUGCCAACAACAUUGCUCAAAGAAGUCAGUCGGUUCCAUUGACAGUCAUGAUGCAGACAGCCUUCCCAAAUGCUCUUCAAAAGCAAACAAAUAGUAAAAAAAUAACCAAUGUUUUGUUGAGUAAACUUGAUUCUGACAACGAUGAUGCAGUAAGAGGUUUGGGAAUGAACAACCUGCCUUCUAAUUACACAGCCCGGAUGAAUCUCACACAGAUUUUGGAAACUUCCACUGUUUUUCCUAGUGCCAACUCACAGAAUAUGAUUGAUUCCAGCACUUCUGUUUAUGAAUUUCAAACACCAUCUUACCUCACCAAAAGUAAUAGCACCGAUCAGAUCAGUUUUUCUCCUGGAGAUAAUCAAGCACAAUCUGAAAUUGGAGAGCAACAAUUAGAUUUCAGUAACACUGUUAAAGACCUGUUGAGUGGGGACAAUUUGCAAACCAGCCAACAGCUGGUAGGUCAGGUAGCAUCUGAUCUCACCAAUACUGCAUCUGAUUUCUCUAGUGAUAUCAGGUUGUCAUCUGACCUCUCAGGCAGUAUCAAUGAUUUGAACACCUUAGACCCAAAUCUACUGUUUGAUCCAGGGCGUCAGCAGGGACAAGAUGAUGAAGCUACACUGGAAGAAUUAAAGAAUGACCCAUUAUUUCAACAAAUUUGCAGUGAAUCCAUGAACUCUAUGACUUCAUCAGGUUUUGAAUGGAUAGAAAGCAAGGACCAUCCUACUGUUGAAAUGUUGGGUUAAAUUGUGUUUUAUAAUAUGUAGCACACUGUAUCUAAAGACAUAUGUAUUGUAUUUGUCUUAAUGGAAGUGCCUCCCGCAGCAGAAACACUUAAUAUUAAUUGUGACAUUUGAAAAGCGUUUGCUGCAGAAGUGGUUUCUUCAGUAGGAAAUGGUUAGACUUGCCUCAGUUCUUAACAAGUUUCUGAAGACAGUAGGCUGUAGAAGUAUUAGGUUUUAAAUUUUGUAACCUUCCCCAUUUAAUCACAUUGUUUGCUAGUACAGAAUCCACCGUCCAUCUUUUACAAAGGCAGUCUAGAUCUUUAUUUUGUAUAAGUUUAUUUCAAUUUUGAUCGCAGAAUUUAGAAGAAACCGUCAGUUUUAGGGUGGGGGCUAUUUUGUUGUUACCGUUGGCAUUAUGUUUAAAUAUGAAAUCAUAGCUAAGGUGAACUGUAGGCAAGAGGGUCUUCCUUAAAACAGAUAAUAUUCAGGUUAUUAUAAAUAUUUAGGCUUGAAGCAUAGAGCUACUGUAGGAUGAAAAAUCUCUAGAACUUUCUGGGGUUUUAGUACCAUUUACCCCCACAAUGAAGGGCUUAAAUAGGAGAGAAUAAUGGAAAAUUAAGUAUUAAGGAAAGUAAAAGCUGCACUAAAAUUUCUAAGAAGAAUAAGUAGCCAUUUAUAUUUGUGACUUUGCAUUAGUGUGAUUUUAAAAUGUUAAUUUAAAUGUGGAGCUAACGCAUACAUAGACAUACACAUAACUCCACAUAUCGUAAUUUAAUAGAAUUAAAUACAUUUUAGAAAACUGAUGUAUUAUUCGUUAGUUGAUGGGGCAUUAGAAGGAAAAUAAGAACAUUUUCUUAGUUUCACCACAACAGCUGCAUUUUUGUAUUAAAUAGAAUUCUAUGUAAGAUUUAUUUUGAAUUUUUUUCACUAUAAUAUACAUAUAUUUUUUUUUCCUCCUCAAUUUAGUGGCUGACUUUUGUUCCUCCUGAAUAUAGUCGUGCAAUUUGAUCAUGGGAUCUUUAUGAAAAACAGGCAGGCAGGAGGUAACAUUAAAACCUGAGCAGAAAACAUUUUACCACCUAAGGUCUGAAGCCACAAAUCUUUUUAUCUCUGUUAAAACAAAGGGGAUAAUAAUAGUACUUGAAGAAGAGGAACGUUUUAUUACAUGCUUAAUAAUUUAUUUAUUGUGAUAAAAAUUGUAAAGUACUCAGGAUUUGUUUUAAAAUGUUUCUCUAUGGCUCCCAUUUUGUUUUAUGAAUAUUUAUGAAUUUCAUGUUGACAUACAUCUACUCAGUAGUUGACAGCUCCAUUUAAAUGAGUUUCAAGAUUAGUUUCAAAGAGUUUUUAAAACAUUAAACUUUUAAAGCUAACAUUAAACUAUUUCCUGUGCUACUUUAGACCAGCUGAGCUUUACUUUAAUUCAUAAACUAUUCAGAAAACUAUGAUCAAUGAAUAUUUAGCAUAUGUAAUGAAGGGUUUAAUUUAAUAAGGUUUCAUUGCUCAAUAAAUUUGAAAGUUAGGGUAUUUAACAUUUUGAUAAAUAAAUGGUGCUAGGGUUGAUCAGAGAUUUAUAUUUUAAUAUGUGCUAGUUCAUUGGCAUUUGUGUUUGUUUUCUUGAUUUAAUGAUCUGUUAAGGACUUUUUUUCCUUGAUGUUAUUUCUCACUGUACAUCUGAGACAGCACUACUGCACACCAAAGUAUGCAAUACCCAAAGGAAACUGUGUGAUUUCUUUUAACAAAUGAUGGGAGCCUUUCUAUAUGAGAUACUCUGAAAAGAUUUUGAGGCCAUUCUAAUCCCUUGUUUACACUAUUAGCUUCCUACUAACAUAAAAAUAAUGGAAAUCUUUUUUGAUAAAAACACAAAGACUGGAGGAUUUUUAAUCCCUUGUACAGUAUUGCAGCAAACUCUUUCAAUUUGAUUGAAUUCGUCCAACAAACUUUCUGGGGUUCAUAUAUUGCACUAAAUUUGUUGAACCUGUGGUAGGCACAUCUCUUAGGAUAAAUGCAACCAAUACAGUCCACAGAUUAAACUUUUUAAAUGUGUUUCAUUAUGAAAAGACAAAAUGUCAUCAAAGUGACAGAUACAAUUGUCUUAUGUAGCAAUGUGCAUUGAUCUCAAUGAGAUAUUUCUAUUUCUUAUUCUCUUACAUGAGAAUAUUACAGCAGGAAGAAUUUAGUUUGCUUCACCAUGUUAAUACAUGAUCACAAAUGUGCAUGAGUGUUACUGACUUAUCUUGUACAGUACUAGGUAUUCCUGUAACCACUUUUUUUUUUCUUGGCUGUAUUGAAACUGGUCGUGUUAACCAGACAAGCAUAGUUAUUCACAAGUUAUUUACUUUAUGUUUACUAAUUCUGCUUAGUUGUUGUCAAGUAUGUUCUUUUCUCAGAUUAUUUUCAUUGUUCUCAUGUUUAAAACAUUUUGCAUACUGUUUAUCAUGAUGAGACUUCAUGAAGUAAAUAAUUUUGCAUAUAGUUGCAAUAAGCACUGACUUUUGAACUGAAAAGAAGGAAAGUGUUUUUUGUGCAGUGCAUCUGAGGUUCAAAUAAUAGUCUUGUUCUGCAAUGUGCUUUACUACACCAUAAAUGACAAAAACAAGCCCUGUUUCAUGUUUUCAUUUAGUGCAGAAAGUCAAAUUUCCCCCAGUGUUUUGUCUGUUGUACCUGCUGAAACUACAGUAGUUGAAUAUUGCAGUAGCAUUUCAGUUCUCUUUUUUAUUAAAAGUGUUCAAAGUUGUUUUUUAAAUGUUUUCAAAAACAAUUAAAAACAUUUUAUAUUAAA